AUGGCUCCCAUUCUCGACCUUUCCCUGCUCCGACGCGCGAACCAGACCCCUUCUACCCUGACUCCUGGAGAUGAAGGCCUCUCGACCAAGUAUCUCUCGUCGACGAUAACGAGCCUGACGGCGUGCAUUACACUGAUGGUUGGCCUAUUGUACCUGGUCAUUCUUUCUUGCGUAUACAAGUACGCCUACGCGCACCCGAAGGCGUUGAACAAAGUGUCCGGCGUGUGGUUGCAACGCUAUGGCCCAUUUGCCUAUGUCUUUUUGGUCGUUGCGAGCCUCUGCGAGGUCGCGAUGACAAGCUGGCUUCUCUUUCAAUAUCGCUUCCACCACAAUUAUCCUAACACCGAGGUCUUGAUUGGCAUUCGAUUCCUCCUGUUCUCAUCGUGCUGGACAUCACUCACCGCGGCAGCCUACAGUAUCCUCUUCGUCCACCCCACAUGGUCGAAACACCCCGGAGUUUCAGUGGGAGCGCAGAGUAUCUGGUUGCUGGUCACUUGGAUUUUGUGGAUCGUUGGUGCUGGCCUCACCAAUGCCGCUGUACCAAAGUUGCUGAUGGAUUUGACAACGUGUGGAGAGGUGGUCUACUGUGGCCAGAUUCGAGCCGUGUUUGGUGCGUUCGUUCCUGCUAUCUUGUGUUGUUCGCGAGUUGAUUCGGUGUGGACGUGGACGUCGCCGUCGUUAGCCAUGGCGGUUAUACAGAGCUUGGCUUUGACAGCGGGCAUGUCGGCUAUUCUAUGGCUCGCCUGGCAAUCCGCACGGGACGCAUGGGAUGCCACCAAACGUCCCUUCUCUGUGAUGUCUCGAGCUUCCCAGUUGUUUUCCACCCCAUAUUAA